AUGGAGAUGAGGCUGCACCCAAGGGACCGGCCACCUUCCCUGCCCUCCCCUGCCCGGCCUUGCCCUGCCCCUGUGCUGAGCUGCCGCUGUCUCCUCCACCUUCCAAGGCUGCCUGGGGCCGCUUUCUCCCCGGACAGGACACCUGGUGUGACCCCCGCCUGCUCUCCUCGCCUGGCAUCAGAACCUGCUCACUGCGGCCGGGCACGGGCCCCCAUGCCUGCCAGCCUGGCCUCCUCCUACUCUAGAGCCGCUGCGCCCAGCUCCUCCCUGGCCCGCGCGUCACCUCCAUCUCCAACCUGCCCCCUCGCGUCACCUCCAUCUCCUCCCUGGGCCCCGCGCGUCACCUCCAUCUCCCGCCGGGGCCCCGCGCGUCACCUCCAUCUCCCGCCUGGGCCCCGCGCGUCACCUCCAUCUCCCGCCUGGGCCCCGCGUGUCACCUCCUUCUCCCGCCUGAGCCCCGCGCGUCACCUCCAUCUCCCGCCUGGGCCCCGCGCGUCACCUCCUGCUCCUCCCUGGGCCCCUCGCGUCACCUCCAUCUCCUCCCUGCCCCCGCGCGUCACCUCCAUCUCCUCCCUGGGCCCCGCGCGUCACCUCCUUCUCCUCCCUGGGCCCCGCGCGUCACCUCCAUCUCCCGCCUGGGCCCCGCGCGUCACCUCCAUCUCCCGCCUGGGCCCCGCGUGUCACCUCCUACUCCCGCCUGAGCCCCGCGCGUCACCUCCAUCUCCCGCCUGGGCCCCGCGCGUCACCUCCUGCUCCUCCCUGGGCCCCUCGCGUCACCUCCAUCUCCUCCCUGCCCCCGCGCGUCACCUCCAUCUCCUCCCUGGGCCCCGCGCGUCACCUCCUUCUCCUCCCUGGGCCCCGCGCGUCACCUCCUUCUCCUCCCUGGGCCCCGCGCGUCACCUCCAUCUCCCGCCUGGGCCCCGCGCGUCACCUCCAUCUCCUCCCUGGGCCCCGCGCGUCACCUCCUUCUCCCGCCUGAGCCCCGCGCGUCACCUCCAUCUCCUCCCUGCCCCCGCGCGUCACCUCCAUCUCCUCCCUGGGCCCCGCGCGUCACCUCCUUCUCCUCCCUGGGCCCCUCGCGUCACCUCCAUCUCCUCCCUGCCCCCGCGCGUCACCUCCAUCUCCUCCCUGGGCCCCGCGCGUCACCUCCUUCUCCUCCCUGGGCCCCGCGCGUCACCUCCAGCUCCUCCCUGGGCCCCGCGCGUCACCUCCUUCUCCUCCCUGGGCCCCGCGCGUCACCUCCUUCUCCUCCCUGGGCCCCGCGCGUCACCUCCAGCUCCUCCCUGGGCCCCGCGCGUCACCUCCUUCUCCUCCCUGGGCCCCGCGCGUCACCUCCAUCUCCUCCCUGGGGCCCGCGCGUCACCUCCAUCUCCUCCCUGGGCCCCGCGCGUCACCUCCUUCUCCUCCCUGGGCCCCGCGCGUCACCUCCAGCUCCUCCCUGGGCCCCGCGCGUCACCUCCAUCUCCUCCCUGCCCCCACGCGUCACCUCCAGCUCCUCCCUGGACCCACGUGCCCAGCUGCCCACUGCUGCCCUCUGCUCGGGGUCAGGAAGGCUGGAGCUGGUUAGACUCCGUCACCCCGUGGUGCACGUCGUCCCCAGCUUUCCAGGCCUCCCUGUCGCCCUUAACGAGGGGCUCGCACCUGCCUCUUGGAGUCACCCUGCUCUGUGCUUGCGGCACAGUCACGGAAGUUUGUGGGAAUUCAAAUCUCUCCCUGGGCACCGCCCUCCAUUAG